CGUGGACGACACGAGAACGUAUCAACGUAUUUUGAAUGGAAUUGCCAAAACAAAGACCACAUCAUGACAUUGGAGCUCUCUUUGCAGACGCAGAGGGCUUUCUGCGGGUCAGUGCUCCCAUGGUGAGAUACAGUAAGCUGGAGUUUCGAAGAUUAUUGCGCCAGAAUGGAGUCCAAUUGGCGUUUACACCGAUGAUGAUAUCUGAUUCGAUCAACAAUAGUGAAAAGGCUAGACAGAAUGAGUUCACCACGGGCCUUGAUGAUCUGCCUCUAAUCGCCCAAUUUGCCGCCAAAGAUGCAAUGGAAUUUGUAACGUCUGCACAGCUCAUCUAUCCUUAUGUGGAUGGCGUUGAUUUAAAUUGCGGCUGCCCGCAAAGUUGGGCAAUAGCCAAAGGUUAUGGCUGCGGACUGUUGCGGCAACCAGAGCAGGUGCGAGAUGUAGUCCAAAGCUUGCGGCGCACACUGCCCUCGGAUUUUAGCGUCUCUGUAAAGAUGCGUCUUUUAAACAGCAGCGACAACCAGACCUCAGUACAAAAGACGAUUCAGCUGGCUCAGCAAUUGGAGCACUGUGGCGUCACCUUUUUAACUUUACACGGACGUACGCCAGCACAGAAGCAUUCCAAGGAUACACUCAACGUGGAAGCCAUGGCCAAUGUCGUCAAAUCGCUGCACAUUCCGCUGAUAGUCAACGGCAAUGUGGAAAGCUAUCAAGAUGCCUGCGAACUGCAUGCCCAGACAGAUGCUGCAGGCGUCAUGGCCGCACGAGGAUUACUCGCGAAUCCUGCACUAUUCAACAGUGACUAUCGGCUAGCCACCACAACGCCAAAGGAGUGUUUACAGCAGUGGCUGGACAUCGCAGAGUCUGCGGGUGAUAAUUUGCAUUUUCAAUGCUUUCACCAUCAUCUUACUUUUAUGUGGAGCAAUGCAAUGAAACGUGCCUUACGCAUCCAAUUCAACAGUCUCGGCACCAAGCCGCAAGUACUGCAGUUCCUUGCCGAACACUAUGAUGUACGUCCCAGUCCCAGUAGUUCCACAUACCAAUACACAAACUGCACAUAUACCCACUUCACACCGCCCAAACAUGCACGUCAUUUGGCUGCGGAGGUGGAAGAAAAUUGUUGGGAUGCUGGCAGCGAUGGCAAAUAUUUUACAGACUUUAAAAGUCAGCAAGUGUCUAGCGAAAAUGGGGGCGAUCUUAAUCUGGGAGGUCUAUUCCUAGAUGACGACUGACGUGUAAAAUAAAUCAGGUAGUUAUGGCGUGCGUUUCAAUUGGUUUAAGGCGACAGUUAAAUUUAAAUAAAAGAAAACGUAUUUGUCGUUGUAGAUUCUGUUAGACCUCAUAGUAAUCGGAAUAUUACAUGUAUAUAUCGAUAGUAAAUUCGAAUGCUUACCAAC